GCCGCGCCACGCCGCACCGUCGACGUCGCCGACGUCGUCGGCGCCGUUGAUAUCGUCGCCGCGGAGUACCGCGUACCGUUCCGCUCCGCUCACGAGGAGGAUAGUCGACGGGGCCCCCCCGGGGGUUCGGGAGACGUGCCGAAACAGGACGCCGAGGUCGCCGGCGGAGGUUCGGAUCGCCGGUAAACCUCCCGUCCUACCCCGCUCCUCCUCCCCCCCCCCCCUCGCUCCCCUCGUUCGAUCGCGUUCGGCACCGCUUUCGAUCGUCGCGGCAUCGCGAUCCGCGUGAUUCAGAAACGCGUGACGCGCGGGCGGCAGCCCGCGCGGAGUCGGUCGACCGAGGCGGCGACUCCGACCUCGUAGCGGCGACGACGACGACGACGACGACGACGACGACGCCGCGCGCGGGGUCGGGGCUGUCGCCGCUCCCCCCUCUCCCGUCUCUCUUUUUUCCUCCUUCUUCUCCUCGUCUUUCUGCUCCUCAGUGCACGUUGGAACACGGUGAGCGCGUGAUACGUCUUCCUCGGGAAGGAAUCGAGGCUGUGCGCGCGGUUCGGCAUCGCAACCGGAGAACCGGUUCGAUUGUACCGACAUCCGUCGGUUGGAGCCAACUGCGUUUAACUUUAAUUUUCCGUUUUUCAUCCGCGUGCGUUGCCACGUUUACCGACGUCGAUUCCACUUCGCCGUGAUUACCGCGGCGACUCUCCGUGGAUUCGUGUACAUCUGUAAUAGGGAUAGUUCCGCUGUUCAGUACGAGAAGACACAGCUGUCACGAUGCCGAAGUCGAUGAACGUGAGGGUGACGACGAUGGACGCGGAGCUGGAGUUCGCGAUCCAGCAGACGACCACCGGGAAGCAGCUGUUUGACCAGGUCGUCAAGACGAUCGGGCUGCGCGAGGUGUGGUUCUUCGGCCUCCAGUACACCGACAAUAAGGGCGACCUCACCUGGAUCAAGCUCUACAAGAAGCCGGAAAGCGCGAUAGCGAGGGUGGUGAAGAAGGAGGUGAAAAAGAAAGUUCGAAAGCUGCGAGGCUACUCCGACUCGGACACGGACGACGACGAGUUCGACGACGGCCUGAGUGGACUUUCGUUCUUGUCUAGGGUGGUUCCGUGCGGUCUUCGAAAAAUCUGCCACGUGAUGAACCAAGAAGUCAAGAAAGAGACGCCACUCCAGUUUAAGUUCCGUGCAAAGUUCUAUCCCGAGGACGUCGCCGAAGAACUGAUACAAGACAUUACACUGCGACUUUUUUACCUCCAGGUGAAAAACGCUAUUCUCACGGAUGAAAUAUACUGCCCACCGGAAACAUCCGUUCUGUUGGCUUCGUAUGCCGUUCAAGCGAGACAUGGAGAUUAUCAGAAGGGCAACCAUCCUGCUGGCUUCUUGGCAAACGAUCGGCUGUUACCACAACGCGUUGUGGACCAACAUAAAAUGAGCAAGGAGGAGUGGGACAGCUCUAUUACAAACUGGUGGCAGGAACAUCGUGGUAUGUUGCGAGAGGACGCCAUGAUGGAGUAUCUGAAAAUUGCUCAGGACUUAGAGAUGUAUGGUGUGAAUUACUUUGAAAUUCGCAACAAGAAGGGCACAGACCUUUGGUUGGGUGUGGAUGCUUUAGGUUUAAACAUCUACGAGAAGGAUGAUAAGCUUACGCCGAAAAUCGGCUUUCCUUGGUCCGAGAUACGGAAUAUCUCGUUCAAUGAUAAGAAAUUCAUAAUCAAGCCAAUCGACAAAAAGGCACCGGACUUUGUAUUUUUUGCCACCAGAGUCAAGAUUAAUAAAAGAAUUCUUGCGCUAUGCAUGGGCAAUCACGAGCUUUACAUGCGCAGACGUAAGCCGGACACGAUUGACGUGCAGCAGAUGAAGGCUCAAGCCAGAGACGAAAAAAUGGCAAAACAGCAACAGAGAGAGAAACUGCAACUGGAGAUAGCUGCACGAGAACGUGCGGAGAAGAAACAGCAAGAAUAUGAAGAGAGGCUAAAAAAUAUGGCAGAGGAAAUGGAUAGGCGGCAGGCUGAGUUGAACGAAGCUCAGGAAAUGAUUCGGCGCUUGGAGGAACAGCUGAAGCAGUUGCAGGCUGCUAAGGAAGAGCUAGAGAAUCGCCAGAAGGAAUUGACAGUGAUGAUGGAAAAAUUGGAACUUUCGCAUGAGAUGGAGGCUGCAGAGCGCGCUAAACUUGAACAGGAAAUAAAAGCUAAGCAGGAGGAGGUACAACGCAUACAGUCCGAGGUAGAGGCUAAGGACCUGGAAGCUAGGAGAUUACAGGCCGAGUUCGAAGCUGCCAAAUACCGACAAGAAUUUGCUGACCGGCAAUAUCAGGCCAAUCAAACCCCGCAUCAUCAUCACGUCGAGGAGAAUGAAGAAGGUGAAGAGGAAGGUGAAGACGAGGUUCCUCAAGGAGACGUCACUAAGGACCUCGCGACUGACGAAUCAAUAAUCGAUCCUGUCGAAGAACGACGCACUUUAGCAGAAAGAAACGAACGUCUCCACGAUCAAUUGAAGACAUUGAAGCAAGAUCUUGCCCAGUCACGCGACGAGUCCAAGGAGACGGUGAUGGACAAGAUUCACAGGGAAAAUGUUCGUCAAGGCCGCGAUAAAUACAAGACACUUCGCGAGAUUCGCAAGGGCAACACCAAACGUCGUGUUGAUCAGUUCGAGAACAUGUAAAUUAAUGUACGUGCAUGUAAUCACUUACCUUAUACAGGUCCUUUCCUACUUUCAAUUUUUCAUCCAAUUUCGCGAAAGCGGGGCAUGCAGCAAAACGAUAACAAGAUAAUGAUAAUGACGAGAAGGAGAGAAAGAGAGAAACCGAUUAAUAGAAGGUAAGAGAGGAGAAAAGUAUAGAGAGAGGUAUAGAUUCUACAAUCUAUAAUGAUGUAUAAAUAGAAUAAUUUGAAUAACAGACAUAUUUUCGAUGAAUUAAACAUCAAGCCUUUCUUAAAAUUUGCGCGAAUGUUUAACUAUUGUACAUCAAGAAUUAUGAGCAAUAUUUGCGUCCACGUUAGAUGACAAUUCUAUACCUUCAUGGAAACCGAUAAUCAAAGCUUUCACCGUUUAUUGGUGAGGAACGCGACGAGAACGAGCGAUUCGCGCCGUCUUCCACAUAUAUACUUCUAUGUUAAUUGACGCUAUAUGAUUGACUCUAUCGCAGAAUCGUCAUUGGCUUUAUCGCGGGAUAAGGAGCGAAAUAAAUUUUCUCGUUACUUUGCGCAGAACUGCCUCGCUUGUGAAACUAGUAGUUCUCCUUUAACUGUUUGCUAGUAAUAAAAUAGUUUUGAAUAUUAUUAUUAUUCUGAUAAUUUAGUGCAACGAUAUUAUCACUCCAGUUUUGACAAGGUAAAGGCACUUCAUGCCCAAGUGACAAGAAAAUUUCCGGUAUUGGAUUACAGUCCGUUACCGUUACUUAAACCUUCCUCUGCAUAUCGACGGAUCCAACAUCUUGACCGCCGAGUAUUGUCUCGCCUCACAAUAAGUAUUACUGCCGAUCAUUUAUUCGCGUCGCGAGACGCCGCGAUCUUUAAUCGCUGGUUACCUGCCGGUGUCCUGUUCGCGAUUUUUAUCACGUUGUCGCGUAUCGUCCGUCCUCGAUAAUAGGGAUUCGCUUUCGAGAAGCCAUUAAUCUAUUACCACCACUCACAACUCGGCCGAUGUGUCGCGACGGCGAUCGCGGUCGUUACCCGUUUACGGAUGGUUUUUCCUCUAUUCAUACGCUUAAUUCGGGCCAUAUUUGUACACAGGAGAAUGUGGGAGCGCUUAACAUCCACAAGUUGACCGGCAAUUUGUAAGUCACUACAUAGAGGAAUCAAAAUAAUAAAGGCAUGUGGCUUAUAUUGUAGCGAGUUAGAAAUUUAGGUAUUUAAUCGAUCUUGAAGUUCGUAUUGGGCAGCGACCGUUUCAAUCAAGGGGACAUUUCACGACAUUUCAAUUCUAUUUAUUUUUCAGAUUUACUUCAAGUAUUGAAUAAUAUUAUGGAAUAAGUAAUUAUCUCGUCUAUAUGUAUGCAUAUUUAGAGAGAAUAUCUUGGUGAUUAUAUGAUUUCAAUUUAUUAUGUUUCCAAAAUUUUUAUAUUUUUAAAAAAUAAGCUUCUCUCUUUGUCGCUUGUCGCGGAGUUGUUCCCUUGUACAUCACACACUAUUGCGGCGCAAUCCGUCACUCUGGAUUAAUAAAUGUAAACAAUUCAACGAUGGCAUGGCCUAUUUACUACCGAAAAAAUUAUCCUGAACUAUUUUCGUACGAGCGAAUUUCGAUACACAUUAGCAAUUUUAUAUUGAACACACUCGUGGCCUUUACUUGAUAUACAUAUAAAUAUAUAAAUAUAUAUAUAUAUCGAAGUACUGUAGGUAGUACACUAAUAUAAUGACUAGAGCCGAGAGAAAAAUAUGUGUAAGGAUAUCGCGCCAUAAAGAAUUUGUCUUCAUACCUUCAAUACAAGGUCGAAUCGCGCGAUACCCGCCGAAUGGCUUUACCUACGAAGAUUUUCGAAAGAAUGAAAAAACGAAUGUGAGAGAGGGAGAGAAUGUAAUAAGGGAGAUAAUUAACCGUGUAUAUGUAUGUGUGUACGUAUGUGUGUGAGAGAAAGAAAAAAAGAGAAAGAAGCCGAAUGAUAGAGAAAACACAUUUAUGGCAGUCAUAUGCCAUUGUAAUUUUUUAAAAUUUUUUGCAACGGGAUUAUAAAACUAACAAACCUCGAGACGCUGCCAAUUUUUCAUAUGACAGAGCGAUAGCAGUGUGAUACGGUCAAGAUACGUGUAUGUAUGAAUUUCAUGUAUGAGAAAAAAAUCACAAAAUAAUAUGCAACCGAGAGUGCCGUAUCACAGAAGAGUUUGUACUUUACUACAUUAUUAUUAUUAUCAACCGCACGUAACAAUAAUAUGCGAAGCAGAAGGGAAGAAAAAGUACAGGAGUAAUAACGCGAUAGAUAUUUUUUGAUUAUAUUUAAUAUUAAAAAUUUACAAAUUAGUAGUGUUAUAUUAUUAAUAUUAAUGUUUACAAUUUAGUAGCGUUAUUAUUUUAUUAUUAGGCAGAUAAUAUUGAAUGAGAAACUAAAGGAAAGCAUUUUAUAGUUGUCAAUUUAUACUCUAUGGCCGGUAUUCAUAGUCGAUUCUUAUAUUUAAAAUCAUCUUAAGUACAGUCUUAAGAUGCCAUCAACCAAUCACAGAGCCGUAUUAGCACCUUAAAACAUUACUUGAGAUGAUCUUAAAAUAAGAUUUGAUUAUGAAUACCGACCUUUAAGAUAAUCUAGUACAUAGAUUUGACGGUAGUUAGUUUAUGGUAAAAAAAAAGAUAUUCGAAAGAACCAAUUCUUUUUAUUUCAAUUCUUUAUUACUUUUUUAAAAAGCCAUUUACCUGCAGAUUUACAGCGAAAUUUUUUCUACAUACGAAUAUAUAGAACAUUGUAUUUAAAAGUUUGUAAUUUGACAAGCGUUUAUUUCCAAUCUUUUAUAAACUUUUCAUCUUUUAAAGUGUACAGACUUACGGCUAGAUACGUGUGAACACAAGAUGAAAGAAAAAAAAAGAUUAUUAAUUAAAAUCACACGAUAAUCUGACAAUUGAUGAUGAGAUGAGCGAGAACAAACAUGAAAGUUCGUCUCGAUAUGCGAUUAAACCGCUUUGGCGCGAAACCAAUGAAUUUUUAUUAAGACAUUCCAGAAGAAUUCCCCGUAAGUGCUUCUUUCCUCGAUUUUGGGUUUCUUCCAUUAAUGAGAAUAAUAAUAUUGAUUUGGAAAUUGCACCUCGACCUUCUUCCCUCUUCGCAAAAUUUAAUGUUUUUUGUUCUCUGGAAAGCGUUAAACUCUAGGAUACAUCUCGAUUUCUGUCUCAUUUGCAUAUAUAAUUCGAACGUAAAUAGAAAUAAGAUUGUUUUUACCGUCUUAAAUAAAUAAAUUGAAAUGCGUGUAUGACUAAAACUGGGUUUGCCUAAUUCUCAUGAGGCAAUAUUUAAAUCAAAGGUCCUAGUAAGAAUAAAAAGAUCUGAGAUCUCGGUAAUUCAACUUGCGAUGGAAAGUAAAGUUGUGUUUAGAGUUACUGUUUUUUCCGAAAAAUCUUCGAACUGUAUUCUAGAGUUAAAUAGCGUUAUCCAAUUUUUCGCACUUUGUUGCGGACACGAAAGUAAAUCUUAAAAUAGCAAAACAUGUACCUCAUGAAGGCACCACACAUACAUAUAUGUAUACGCAUGGUGCUAAGCAUUUUUUUCUUACUGAUACAUAUCGAAAUGUGUAUUUGGCGUCAGGCAUGCGUUUCGUUCCUUUUAUUCGUCUUCCUCUUUUUCAAGCUGAGGCGCAAAACUCAGCGGCUUUGUAACAGUAGAAUUCAAACGCGCGUUCUUUUUCCGUUUCUGCACCCGUGAUCCUCGUAGCAAUAUCUAGAGCUAUUAAAUACAAACCGGCGAAGACACGAGACAUGUAGACACACGACAACGCGUAAACAUUGUAUUUUAACGAAAACAAUAUUAUUUGUUGGUGCGAGGAUAUAAUGGAAAUUACUUGUACUUUCCUGAGGAAGCUAGAGAUUGUUUAAAUAAAAAAAAUUCAUAUCAAAA